UCUCUUGCCAAGAGAAACAAAUCACACACUUUAGUCACAUCGCUUCUCUGCUCCAACACCUCUCUUGCUCUGCUCUAUUCUCCCCAAAAAAUCAAAACAAAAACGCAAACAAAAUCUUCUGUUUUGGGUUCUUGAUAUUGACCAUCAUCCCUCUUUUGUGUUCUUAUACUCAUAUCCUUGUGUUGAAUUUUUGUAAGCAAGGGUGAUGAUGUUUAUGGUGAUCGGCAGUAGGUGCUCUCACACUUCCCACAUCACUGAAAUCAUAAUCACAAGCUUCUUUCGCCACAAGCUCUAGAUCUCUUCUAUCUCUCCCCAUAGUAUAUAGUUAUAAUACAAGAUUUAAAAGGGGGUAUUUAUCAAGAACUUAUGGGUGUGCCUUGAAAAGAUCUCUGCUUUAUAAUAUAUAAAAAAAUCUGUAGAAUUCGAAGCUAUGAUGGCUCCAGGGAUUCUCUACGGUGGUGCUUCUAAUUUCGAUGGCGUUAUUACUCAGAAACAGAGGGAUAUGUUUUCUUCUACUACUGCGACAAAAGAGCAUCUUGGUUCUCUUUUUGCCCCUGCCUGUUCUUCUUCUUUCUUGGGAUCAAGUUCUAUGGUUAGUUUUCGCGGUGUUAAUGGAGGGAAGAGAUCAUUCUUUGACUCAUUCGAUCAGGAUGACAUUGAAGCUGAUGAAUUAGGGGAGUAUUUUCAUCAAGCGGAGAAGAAGAGGCGACUAACAGACAACCAAGUCCAGUUUCUUGAGAAGAGUUUUGGGGAAGAGAAUAAACUUGAACCUGAAAGAAAAGUUCAGCUUGCUAAAGAACUUGGUCUACAGCCUCGCCAAAUUGCAAUUUGGUUUCAGAAUCGUCGUGCACGAUGGAAGACUAAGCAGCUCGAGAAAGAUUAUGAUGAAUUGAGGAAUAGAUAUGAUACUCUGAAAUCAAAUUACAAUAAUCUUCUCAAGGAAAAAGAAGAUCUUAGAACUGAAGUUUUCCAGCUCACCGAUAAGCUGCUUAUCAAAGAUAAAGGAAAUGGGCAAUUGGCUUUAUGCAAUAUAGAGAAACACUCCGAUGCAAUGGCGAAAGAAACCGUGGUUGAUCCAAUUUCAAAGGUAGAAAUGUUGAAUGUACCGGCUCGGGUUGUUAAACACCCGCAGGAAGAUUUAAGCUCUGUCAAGAGCGAUGUCUUCGACUCAGAGAGCCCACACUACACUAGUGAUUCUGCUCGUGUAUUUGAAACUGAGCAGUCACAUUUAUCUCAGGAUGAUGAUGAAAACUUCAGCAAGACUAUGCUUUCUACUGCCAACCUGCUAAGCAAAGGCGCGGAUGAUGAUUAUCUCGCGACAUCUUCAAAUUUGAGCUACUUUGCAUUUCCAGUUGAAGACCAAGGUUUUGGUUUCUGGACUUAUUAAGUUGAUAAAUGGUUGUAUUUAGUAGCAAUGCGGAAGACUAUUUUAUUGUGUCUGGUAAUGUGUCAUAUAUUUGGAGAGACAUUGUAUAGAAGCACAUUUCUGUAAUAAAUAAAUUCCUGUGUAUGGGUCCAGAACCCAAAUGAGUUUAUAGGUUCUGGUAACAAAACAGUUGGGAACUAUGGCUAUUGCGCUUUGCAAACCUGUUGUUGUGUAGGCUGUAGCUUGUGCUUUAUGUUGUGAAAUUUAACUUUUCUUUGUCAA